CGGUGGCUCUGGGAGGCAUGUUCAGGAAGGUGGCAGCCAUCUUUGCGCCCCUGGUGAGGCCCCUCUGCAGAAGGAAGGCCGGAGCUACCUCGCUCACCCGGUGCUUGCAUCAGACUGGCGCCAUGGCCAAGCAGCUGCAGGCCCGAAGGCUGGAUGGAAUUGACAAGAACCCCUGGGUGGAGCUCACCAAAUUGGCCAGUGACUAUGGGACUGUGAACCUGGGCCAGGGCUUCCCUGACUUCGCGCCCCCAGACUUCGCCGUGGAAGCUUUCCAGCGUGCCCUGAGUGAGGACUACAUGCUCAACCAGUACACCAAGGCCUUUGUGAGUCCCCCAGCCCUCGCAGCUCUCUGCACACAGGCUAGGAGGACCCUGACAGGCCACAUCUGGAGCAGCGUCUCCCAAACCAGCCUCCCUGGCAUGUGGCACCGCACCCUGACCAUUGGCAGCGCUGGCAAGACAUUUAGUGCCACCGGCUGGAAGGUGGGCUGGGUCCUGGGGCCAGAGCAUCUCGUGAAACACCUCCACACAGUGCACCAGAACUCUGUCUAUCACUGCGCCACACAGGCCCAGGCUGCAGUGGCCUUGAGUUUGGAGCGGGAGCAGCAGCACUUUGGCCAGCCCAGCAGCUACUUUGUGCAGCUACCGGAGGCCACGCAGCACAAACGGGAUCACAUGAUCCGCAGCCUGCAGUCCGUGGGCAUGAGGCCCAUCAUCCCCCAGGGCAGCUACUUCCUCAUCGCAGACAUCUCUGACUUCAAGAGCAAAAUGCCCAACUUGCCUGGUGCCACCGACGAGGCCUACGACAGCCGCUUCGUGAAGUGGAUGUGCAGGAACAAGGGCUUGGCGGCCAUCCCGGUCUCUAUCUUCUACAGCGGGCCACACCAGAAGCUCUUUGACCACUAUGUCCGCUUCUGCUUUAUAAAGGAUGAAGCCACGCUCCAGGCCAUGGACGAGAAGCUGCAGAAAUGGAAGGCUGAGCUCACACCCUGAACUUGGACCCUCGUCCCUGUCCCAUCCUGUUCCUACCUCCUGUGUGGAGAACCAUCUCUACACAGGUUUUAGCCAUCCCCUGGUGGGAGUAACGGUACUGGAGCGCCCCUUCUCUGUGCCCUAGAAUGUUAUCAGAGAAGAGCCCCCCCCACCCCCCACCGCCAGCUUCUUGGAGGACCUGGGCCUCUCCCCACCCCUCCCUCGGCCGGGUAGUAGAUAGGGCCUCCCUUGACUCGGCUACGACUCAGAGGGCAGGGCCCGCAACAUAUUUGGCCUCAAGUCUCAACCCUGAACUAGCCCCCUCCAAAGCUCAGGCUACCCCUGCCUCCCCUCGUCGAACCUGGACUUGAGAAACUGCCUUCAGACAUGAAUCCUCCUGCCAGCACCUUUUAUGCACAAUAAACGUUCAAGUUACUCAAA